UCCUUUUGGCUUUUUUAGAAUUGGCAGUAAGAGAUUAAAAAAAAAUUGAAAAUGAAAUUUGCAAUUAUUGCCAUUUUUGUGUCAUUGUGUGUCGCAACGACCAUGGCUCAUGGUCACUACGGACAUGAGGAUAAUUAUCAUCAACAUCAUAAGGUUCAUCAUGAUAAUCACCAUAAGGAUCAUCAUGAUGAUGACCAUAAGGGUCAUCACGAAGACCAUCAGGAGGGUCAUCACGAUUAUUAUUCCCAUCCCAAAUAUGAAUACAAAUAUGGUGUUAAGGAUUUAAAAACCGAAGACAUAAAAGAACAAUGGGAGGAACGUGAUGGCGACAAGGUCCAUGGUGGCUAUCUCUUAAAAGAAGCUGAUGGCACUAUACGUGUGGUUAACUAUCAUGCAGAUGAUCAUACCGGUUUCCAUGCUGAAGUCAAGACAAUUGGUCAUGCUGAACACCCCGAAGGUUAUCAUAAAGAUGAUCAUCACAAUGAACACCAUUAUGAUGAUGAACAUCAUCAUGAUGAACAUCAUUAUAAUGACGAUGGUCAUGAUGAACAUCAUCAUAAUGAACAUCAUAUUGAAUAUAAACAUGACGAUAAACAUCAUGUUGAAUAUAAACACGAUGACGACGAUCAUAGUCAACAUCACAGUGGAUACGACAAUAACCCUUAUCAUGGCUAUUAUGAUUCAUAUCUUCACCCAAUUCAUUAGGGAGAAAAUCGGAAAGAUCCAAUGGCAGAUUUGAAAAUAUUAGUGUUUUUUUCUAAAUUGUAAUAAAAUAAAGUUUAAU